AUGGAAUCAUCAGGACCCCCAAGGCGCCCAGAUGCGAAGAGAAAGCUGGUGGUUGUCGGAGAUGGUGGAUGCGGAAAGACAUGUUUGCUCAUCGUAUACGCUGAGAACCGAUUUCCAGAGGCAUACAUUCCAACAGUAUUCGAAAACUAUGUUACGCUCGUACAACACGAUCACCGCCUCAUCGAGGUCGCCCUAUGGGACACGGCUGGCCAGGAGGAAUAUGACAGGCUCCGUCCACUUAGCUACCCGGAAAGCGACGUCAUCCUCAUCGUCUUUUCCGUAGACUUCCCUACUAGCCUCGCAAACGUGCUCGAUAAGUGGUACCCCGAAGUAUCGCACUUUUGCCCAACAACACCGAUGCUGCUCAUCGGAACAAAGACAGAUCUGCGCACCGACGAUACGACGCUACGAAUGCUUUCUGCACAGGGGCAGGUACCUGUGACAGCGGAGCAAGGCAUGGCGGUCGCAAAGGACAUUGGCGCGAUGUAUAAGGAGUGCAGUGCGAAGACCGGACGUGGCGUCAAGGAGGUAUUCGACGCAGCCCUCCGCGAGAGCUUGAAAGGCCGCUGGGGCCGUACUAUCAAACAAAGGAAGUGUAUGAUAAUGUGA